AUACAACACGUAAUAAUAUAUUUAAUGAUUGAUGAAAAGAAAGAGCUAGUUUUACUUUUACUUUUACCCAUUCUUCCCAAAUCCAAACGCGUCACUGACUACUAACUCCAGUCAACACCUACACGUACAAAAGACAGAGUCUUUUACCAGACCACCACACUCAGGACAAGACAUGAGUGGAGAAGGCGAAGAAGAAGAAGACAUUUCAAAAAGCGAGAGAGGAAGAAGAAAAAUCUAGACACGGAGAGAAACAAAGAAAAAUUAUCUAAAAUUCUCUGUAUCUAUCUGUUUGAAUUCAAAGAGACAACAAUCAAAAUCCAUUUCUUUCUCCACUUUCUCAAGUAAUCAUCUUUCUAUAUACCCACAGAAAAAUCUCACUCCCCCUUUUUAUAGAAUUCCAAGUUAUGAAACCUAAAUCAUUUUUAUCUAAUCUAUUGAAACCAUUUAAAUCAGAGAAAGAUACAUCAAAAGAAGAAGACUUAGAGAAACUAGCAGCUCAAGAACAAAAACAAUUCUAUUACGAAACUCUUGUCACAGCAACUAAAGAUUUUCAUUUUAGUAAUAAACUUGGUGAAGGUGGAUUUGGUCCUGUUUUCAAGGGGAAAUUGGAAGAUGGAAGAGAAAUAGCAGUGAAGAAAUUAUCACAUAGUUCAAGACAAGGGAAGAAAGAAUUCAUGAAUGAAGCUAAAUUACUGGCACGUGUCCAACAUAAGAACAUUGUUAGUCUAUUGGGUUUCUGUACACAUGGUGUUGAGAAGCUACUUGUUUAUGAAUAUCUUCCCCAUGAAAGCUUGGAUAAGUUUCUCUUCAAUAGUAAGAGAAGAGAUGAGCUUGAUUGGAAGAGAAGGUAUGACGUCAUAGCAGGUGUUGCAAGAGGAAUGGUUUACUUACACGAGGAUUGUCACAUAUGUAUCAUACACCGCGACAUCAAAGCCAGUAACAUCUUGCUUGAUGAUAAGUGGGCUCCAAAGAUUGCUGAUUUUGGCAUGGCUCGUCUAUAUCCUGAAGAUGAAACACAUGUAAACACACGAGUCGCUGGUACGAAUGGAUACAUGGCCCCUGAGUAUGUGAUGCAUGGAAACUUAUCAGCUAAAGCAGAUGUGUUUAGCUUUGGAGUGGUGGUGUUGGAGUUAAUAAGCGGCCAGAAGAAUUCUUCAUUUAAUCGAGAUCCUGAUGUCAGUUGCCUACUUGAGUGGGUAUGGAAGCUGUACAAGACUGGACGGAGCGCAGAAAUUAUUGACCCAGCAUUGGCUCCACUGGGAGAAUCUUCUGUUGAACAAAUUAAAAUGUGCAUACAGAUCGGGCUGUUGUGCUGUCAAGCUGGCCCAUCUCUAAGACCUCCCAUGCGACGUGUUGUGGUGUUGCUAUCAAAAAAGCCAGGUUCCCUUGAAGAGCCACAAAGACCUGGUUACCCUGGUUCAAGAUAUAGGAGAACUUCUGGGGCAUCAUCUCAAACUAGUUCAUCACGCUCUUGUCCCACCCACAAAGCUGCUGCAAGUUUCGCUUCCAAUCCUGGAUCUUCCAGCGGUUCUUCCUUGAAUACAUACGGUUCUACCUUCAAUACAAACACAAACACUGUCUCAACUUCUUCAAUUACAAGCCCCAUUCCACGACCUCAUGGGAAAGAACCGAUCCAAGAAUAGAAUAAAUUUCCAUAGUUUUGCUGAUUAUUCUUUUUGUAUAUAUACAGAUAGUUUAGUUGCCUUGUUGCUAUCUUUUUCUUAGGAGUGAUGCUGUUUUCUGCGCCAUUAUCGGACAUAUUCAAAUCACAUGAUCUUAUAAAGUGGUGUCUGUAGGAUUGCAACUAUUCUUAUUCGCAUGUAAAUGUCAGGUGAGAACAGAAAGAGCUACCUAGUUGGAAGCCAAAAGUGUGUAGGCUUUAAUUUUUCAUAUAUUCUUUGAUUCAUUUAAUGGGUACUGUUUAGUUUGACUGGA